GUACCUGUUCUGCUUCAGGGUGGGGGACCUGGUGAAUGGGGAUGGAGCGAGGCGCCCACGCCGAGUGCCCAAGGUCCUUCCCUUCUCAACACAGGGCAGCAACGGAUAUGGCUCUCCCUGACAUGCAGCAAGUUUCACGGCCAGCCCAGGACCAAGUCCCAGCCCCACAGCUCCCCGCCUUGCCCUCAAGACCUUCCCAAGGCCAGCUCCUGCUGAAUAACACCUCCGCUCUCCGCACAUUCGAGGACCAAGUCCUGUGUCCCAUUUGCUUGGAGGUGUUCCAUAAUCCGGUCACCACCGCCUGUGGCCACAACUUCUGCAUGACCUGUCUCCAAAGUUUCUGGGACCACCAGGCUGCCACGGGGGAGACCCACUAUUGCCCCCAGUGCAGAGAGAGCUUCCCCUCCAGGCCCCGGCUCUGCAAGAACGUCAUCCUAGGGGAGAUGGUGGCCUGCUUCACCCAGGGUAAGAACCAGGCCACGGGGCCCUUGUGGAACACAGCUGGGCCCAGGGACGUGCCCUGUGACUUCUGCUCCCCCCAGAAGCUCCGGUCUGUCAAAUCGUGCCUGCACUGUGUGGCCUCUCUGUGUGAGAAGCACCUGCGCAGCCACUUUGAGGACCAGAUGUUCCAGAGCCACCAGCUGCUGGAGCCUGUGCAGGAUCUCAAGACCCGCUUGUGUCGCAAGCACCGCAAGCUCCGGCAGCUGUACUGUCGCACGGAAGGCUGCUGCGUGUGUGGCGCCUGCCUACUAGAGGAACACAAGAACCACGAAACGGCCCCACUGGAGGAGGAGCGAGCCCGCAAGGAGAUGGAGGUUCGGAAAGUCCAGGCCAACGUGGAGAAUGAGAUGCUAAUCAUUGCCUCCGACAGCCAGAAGCACCAGGGGCGAGUGACCUUUCUCUCGAAACUCAUCCAGACGAUGCGGGAUGAGGUGAACACCUGCUUCUCUGAGAUCAUCCACGAGGUCAAACAGCUGCAGAUAAAGGUCUUGGAUUUCGUGGAGAAAGAGGAGGCAACUGCCCUGGGGAAGCUGGGCAGCUCCAUCCAGCAGAGCCACAACCGGCUUCUGAAGCUAGAGGGGGACAGUGUCUGGCUCCACACCCUGCUCACCAACAGAAGUGAUGAGCAAUUCCUGCAGGAGUUCCCCAAAUUGAAGCAUAUCCCAGUCUCCUCGGAACCCCUGAUGGGCACCAACUGUGAGGAGACACAGAGCUUCCUCCAGCUGCCAGAGACCCUGGCUGAGCUCAGGACCCAGCUGGUGGACAUGGGUCUCCGCUUCGUCAACCAGCUCCUGAUGAAGGGCAUUAGGAUGAACUCCUACGAGGUGCUGCCACUAACCAUGGACAGGAAAACACUCCUCCAAUGUUACUGCAACCUGAACUUCGACCCCUCCACCGCCAGCGAGGAGCUGUUCCUGUUCAAGGAGACCCACUCGGUGCUGAACCUGGGCAUCCUCCUGGAGCCCUCGGCCACGGGCGGCCCGGUCCCGGGCUUCAAGCAGUGGCCGCAGGUGCUGUGCUCCCGCGGCCUGUCCGAGGGCCGCUACUACUGGGAGGCGGAGGUGUCCAACUCGUGGAUGUGCCUGGGCGUCACCUACCGCCGCAGCCCGCAGCUCAACGGCGUCCCGCGCCGCAACAUCGUCUACCUGCUGGGCCGCAACCCCUACUCGUGGUGCCUCGAGUGGGACUCGCUCAAGUUCUCCGUGUGGCACAACAACACGCAGACGGUGCUGCACGGCGCCUACCACCGCACGCUGGGCGUGGCGCUCGACUGCGCCGCCGGCUGCCUCUCCUUCUACGGCGUGGCGGGCGGCGUGAGCCUGCUCUACCGCUUCCUCGCCACCUUCCUCGAGCCGCUCUUCCCCGCGGUCAUGGUCAGCAGCGGCGCCUCGGUCACGCUCAAGCAGCGCCCCGACGCGUAGGCGGCACCCGGCCGGCUCAGGGUGACGGCCAAUAAAGCUGGACUCUGA